AUGGCAAAUCGCACAGUAUCAGACGCAAUAGCAAUACACGGUACAAAUCCCCAAUAUCUUAUCGAAAAAAUCAUCAGAACAAGAAUCUACGAAUCUCUUUAUUGGAAAGAAUCAUGUUUUGGUUUAACAGCUGAAACGCUAAUCGAUAGAGCAGUUGCGUUAACUUCGUUGGGUGGUCAAUAUGGAAACCAGAAACCAACAGAGUUUCUUUGUUUAACUCUGAAAUUAUUACAAUUACAACCAAGUAAAGAAAUUAUUAUAGAAUUUAUUAAGAACGAGGAAUAUAAGUAUUUGAGAGCUCUUGGUGCAUUUUACUUAAGACUUGUUGGAACGUCACUGGAAAUUUAUCAAUAUCUUGAACCAUUAUUAAAUGACUAUAGAAAGUUGAGAAAGCGAACAAUCGAUGGUGGAUUUAUAAUUACACACAUGGACGAAUUCAUUGAUGAACUAUUACGUGAAGACAGAGUAUGUGAUACUAUAUUGCCACGAAUUACAAAGCGUUAUGUGUUAGAAGAAAAUGACGAACUACAACCACGCGAAA